UCUCUAGAAAGAACGUAGUGAUUAUAUUAUAUGUUCUUAGCUAAUCACAUCAAUAUCAUAAUCGGGUUUGAGUGGACGACGCGCGUGGGUGCAGAUAUUGUAACUAAAAUAACGUAAAUGUAAUAAUUUCAAUAAGUAUUUGCGCUAUACGAACCUCAAGAAACUGUGGCUGUAACUACUAAAUUUCAGCUCAAUAUCGAUGUGAUAAAAUCGAGAAAUGGAAUAAAAUAAUUGUAAACUGACGGAAGCCGUAUAAUACAAAAAAUGGCACCUCCAAAUACUUCUUUAUUCAGCUAUGAGACUCUCGUGCAUGCCCUGGCUGGGGCUACGGGAAGUGUUGCAAGUAUGGCUGCAUUUUAUCCACUAGAUACACUGAGGUCAAGGUUACAAGUUGAAGACUCCAAUAAGUAUCAAGGUUCUUCUUCAUGGGAACUACUUAUAAAACUCGCAAAUGAGGAAGGUAUUGAGUCUUUGUACAGAGGCCUAGCUCCAGUACUGCAGUCUCUUUCUAUUUCCAAUUUUGUAUAUUUCUACACAUUCCAUGCUUUGCGUAGAACUGCCUCUACAAACUCAUCAGCAAUACAAGAUCUAAUGUAUGGGAUUGCAGCAGGUAGUAUCAAUGUACUUAUUACUUCACCCCUAUGGGUUGUAAAUACAAGAAUGAAGUUGGAAAACAACACUUACAACAGCUUAUUUGAAGGUCUGAUUACACUCUUUAAGAAAGAGGGAGUGAAAGGUCUGUGGUCAGGUACUGUUCCUUCAUUGUUGUUGGUCUCAAACCCAGCCAUUCAGUUCAUGGUGUAUGAGGCCUUGAAAAGGCAUCUCGUGUCAACAGGGCAUUUCAAGAGCUAUUAUGCUGCUUUCCUAGUGGGUGCAUUUGCUAAAGCCAUUGCAACAACAGUCACAUACCCACUCCAACUGGUGCAGAUGAGAUUGCGCUCUGGUACAAGCAUGAAGCCUCUGUUCAAAGAUGUAAAAUCAAAUCCAUGGCUUAUGUUCCGUGGUCUUGAAGCUAAAUUACUACAAACAGUAAUGACAGCUGCAUUGAUGUUUCUUAUUUAUGAGAAGCUUGUUAAAUUAGUGUUUAGCAUAAUGAGAGUAAGAGCAAAACACAGCUAAGCAACAUAAUUGCUCAGAUGUUACCAUUGGUGAUAGUUUUGACUGUUAUUAUUUAUGAGUCUAGUGUCUCACUGCUGGGCAGAAGAGGCCUCCCAUUUGUUUUCAAAGUACCUAAAGACUAAGGAUGCCGAAUUUAUGAAGGUAAAAUAAAUUUGGUGUUCAUAGAUAGUGUUAUGUUCCUUGCUUAUGGGGGCGUUCAAGUAUUACGUAACGCAAUUUUUAAAGACAACCCCUCGCUCCCCCCCCCCCAUGUAACGCGCAGUCACGUUUUUUUAUACCUAAAACUUAUGUAACUACCAAAUUACCAUUUAUCUAAAAGUCAUACAUAAUUAUGUUGCGCAAAUUACCGGUCGUAAGUCGCUAAUAUCCUGUACUAUUGUUUUAAUUGCGAUUGCGAUAAUAAUAAUAAAUAAAGCAAGAGAUUUCUAACAAGUGUGUAGGUAUGGUCACAGACUUUAAUAGUUGAACCAUCUACGGUUCAAGCUAAUUUGGUAGUCAAUACUAACGCUAUAUCAUCUCCAAUCUAAAGUGAACCCUGAAUGGCUCAACAAUUAUAGUCCGUGACUAUACGUUGUUUAGGUUUAUUAAUAGGUCAAAAUUAUUUUAGUUGUCUUGUAUCUGACCACU